AUGUCUUACACUGUAAUCGACUCGUAUCGGGUCAAAGACUUGGUCAACACGCAAAUUGAGUUUCGGUUUCCAUUAUCGUAUGGUGUGGUAAACGGCAAAUAUGAAUCUCUUGAGAAAAUUUCUGUUGUGGGCACCUUGACCCAAACCUACGAUGCUGAUCUACACUCGAAUUUGGGUACUAUAAAGUUUCCUGAACACCCUAAAGUUGCCACCUAUCUUCAGGGCGGCCCGGGGUUUCCCUGUGUUCAACCAUUGACCAAUCUGGGCUUCACUAAAGAGCUUUUAACCAGAGGUUAUUCUGUCUUCUACAUGGACCAAAGAGGUACUGGGUUCAGUACUCCAUUGGAAGUGGGUACAAUUGGUCAAUUGGUUGUGAGGGAAGCGGAGGAGAGCACUGAGGCGUACUCAGAGCGGGUAGCGGAGUUUUUGACAAAUUUUCGUGCCGAUAGUAUAGUUGAAGAUUUGGAGCGGAUACGGAAAAUCCUCUUGGGUUCUACAAAAUGGACUCUUUUGGGCCAAUCUUUUGGAGGUUUUUGCAGCUUUACCUACUUGUCAAGAUACCCUGAAUCGCUUGAGGCGGUUCUUGUGACUGGAGGUGUACCUCCUAUCCACCAUACAGUGGACCAAGUAUACCAGGCAACGUACCAAAGAACAAGUGAAAGAAACAGCCAUUACUACUCCAAAUAUCCUCAGGAUGUUUUGAAAGUUCAUCAGAUUGCUACUUAUCUUUCCCAAAAUGAUGUAAAGUUGCCCAAUGGUGGAACACUUUCUGUGGAGCGGUUUCAGCAAUUGGGCUUACUGUUUGGUGGUACUGGAGGUACCGAUACUCUCCACCAAAUCGUCACCAAAUUCCACCACGAGUUGAUACACUUCCAGUCCCCUACCUACCAUACUCUUUUCCGGAUUGAAUCGCAAAUGAGCUUCGAUACCAACAUUUUGUAUGCGCUUUUCCAGGAAGCCAUCUACUGCGAUGGAAACUAUUCUCCCUCUUUCUGGAGCGCCGAUCGGCUUCGGAAGUUACCACAGAACCAGAACUUUGUGUUUAGCCCAGCCAUGAAGGAACCGCUCUACUUUACGGGAGAAAUGGUAUACAAGUCCAUGUUUGACGAUUACACGGAAUUGCGACCCUUCAAACUGGUGGCUGAUUCUUUGCACAACCGGAAAAGAUGGACCCAGCUCUACGAUGUGGACAAGCUCAAGCUGAUAAAAUGGAAAGAUGUGCCCAUUGUGGCGGCUAGCUACUUCUACGACCAGUAUGUGGACUUUGAUACGACGAUGAAAGUCAAGCGCUCCAUAUUUGGAUUUGAGAAUUUAAGACAGUAUAUCACCAGUGAAUUCUUCCACGAUGGCAUUCGAGCGGACUCUACGAAGGUACUUGGUUCGCUUUUUGAUCUUCUCGCCACAGAAAUUGACUAA